AUGUCAGCGCUCAGCUUGACCAUUGCCAUCCUUGUUGCUGAUACAGUUUACGCGAAAGGCGGUGGCGGUCAUGCAAGUUCCCAUAGCUCCUCGAGUUCAAAGAGCUCUUCGUCGAAAAGCAGUUCUUCAAAAAGCAGCUCCUCGAAGAGUGGUUCUUCCAAUAAGACAUCUGGAGGAUCAGGACACUCGGUGAUCAUCGUUGGGAGUGGAAGCUAUGCCCAAUGCCAUGAUUCUGUAACUAACCAAAUCGUACGAUGUCCCGUUAACAGCAGGCAAAAUAUCAUCAUUCUUGUUGUUGUUUUCAGCAUCCUAGGAGCAAUCUUCAUCGGCAUGGCCGCUUGGCUGUGCAUCCGACGGAGGCGAAGAAACCAACGUCAACUAGCGAAUAAAAUCGUCGUCUUACCUUUCGAAGCGAGUUCGAAAAAAGAAUAUCAACGAUUGGAGGACCCCGUGUAA